AAGGAGAAAAAGUUCUCCUCCCUCCCUCCCUCUCUCUCUCUCUCUCGCGCGUGCUGCAUCGUCGUCGUCCUCGAAGAGAAGCGCGCGAUCGACAUUCGAAAAACUCCGGCAGGGCUCCUCCUCCGAUGCGGUGAAGGAGAAGAAGAACAGGAAGAAGAAGAAGAGGAGCAGGAUGAGCGGAGCGAGGCUGUGCGCGCUGCUCGGGGAGCUGGGCUACGACGGCGCCGGCUCGCUCGACCCCGACAGCUUCGAGUGGCCUUUCCAGUACGACGACGCUCGCCCCGUCCUCGACUGGAUCUGCACCAACCUCCGCCCUUCCAACGUCCUCUCCCUCUCCGAGCUCUCCCAGUACGAGCAAUUCGUGGAUGAAGGGAAGUUGCUGGAGGGGGAGGAUCUGGACUUCGCCUUCGACAGCAUUUCGGCUUUCUCCGUGAGGAGGGACAACCAGGAGGCUGUUUUUGGUUCAGAGGAAGGAUUGAAAGAUAUAAGGGAUGCAGCGUUGGCAUACAAAGCUGAAGCUCUAGAGUUGCAAAGACAGCUCAGAUAUGUGCAGUCUCAGUAUGACAUGCUCACUGUACAGGCUUCGUCCUUGAUCCAAGGGAGACGAGCUAGAGUUGCUGCAACAUCUACUGUAAAUGGACAACUUACUGCACUAGACGACAGUCUUUCAGCGAGGAAUUUACAGAUGAAUGCAGUUCUUGGAAGAAUUGCUUCUACUGCUCAAGAAUUGGCCCAUUAUCAUUCUGGAGAUGAGGAUGGAAUCUAUCUUGCAUACUCUGACUUCCAUCCAUACUUGCUUGAAGAUUCAUCCUGUACGAAGGAACUAAAUCAAUGGUUUUCUAAGCAACUGGACACGGGUCCUUUUCGAUUAGUUGCCGAGGAUGGCAAAUCCAAAUGUUCGUGGGUGAGUCUUGAUGAUGCUUCAGAUGUUUUAGUACGAGAUUCAGAAAAGCCUCAGCAUCAACGACUAUCGGAAUUGCAAAGGCUUCGUUCCAUAUUUGGCACAAGUGAGAAGCAAUGGGUUGAAGCCCAAGUUGAGAAUGCUAAGCAGCAAGCUAUUCUUGUGGCCCUAAAGACUCAGGUAACAUCAGAUGAAGCACACAUACACCUCGAUCUUCAUUCUCUGAGGAGGAAGCAUUCUGAGUUGGUGGGAGAAAUUUCAAAUCUUAGCCACAAAGAAGAAAAGUUGCUCUCUGAGACAAUUCCAAGUCUCUGCUGGGAGUUAGCUCAACUCCAAGAUACAUAUAUUUUGCAAGGUGAUUACGAUUUGAAGGUCAUGCGCCAGGAGUACUACAUUAAUCGGCAGAAGAUGUUCAUACAUCAUCUCAUUAAUCAGCUUGCAAGGCACCAAUUUCUGAAAAUAGCUUGUCAGCUGGAAAAAAAGAACAUGCUUGGAGCGUAUUCACUGCUUAAGGUCAUCGAGUCAGAACUGCAGGGGUUCUUCUCUUCGACCAAGGGACGAGUGGAUCGGUGCAUGGCACUUAUUCAAGCAGCUUCUGAAGUUCAAGAACAGGGAGCAGUGGAUGAUCGGGAUACUUUUCUACAUUGUGUUCGAGACCUACUAAGCAUUUACUCAAAUGCUCAAGUAGGGCUGUCAACAUAUGUCUCAGCUCCAGGCAUUGUUCAGCAGAUAUCUGGUCUUCAGUCAGAUCUCAUGGCCUUAAAGUCUGACCUUGAGAAUUCCCUCCCAGAGGAAAGGAAUAAAUGCAUCAAUGAGCUGUGCACCCUAAUUCAAAAUAUGCAGCAAUUGCUUUUUGCAUCUUCAACAACUGCGCAACCAAUUCUCACACCUCGGCCACUGAUGAAAGAGCUCGAUGAGAUGGAGAAGAUUAAUGCAAAACUAGCUGCUGCAGUUGAAGAGGUGACUCUUGAACACUGCAAAAAGAUUGAGAUUGUGAAACAUCACACGCAGGAGGUCGAGCUCCAAAGACGGGUCUUCGUCGACUUCUUCUGCAAUCCCGAGCGUCUGAGAAGCCAAGUCAGGGAACUGACCGCUCGAGUCAGAGCUCUUCAGGUGUCCUAGUACGCUCUUAGUUCUGCUGUGUAUUUAUACCUUUUCUCUUUUUUAUAAUGGAGACUCGGAUAUCUGUCGUUAUUAUUUUUUUUUGGGGAAAGCUUUGCGGUGAAUAUCGAAUGCAGAACAUUCGGUCACAUAGCAAAUGAGACCAUCUGUUGUGUUGGUCACAGAGUUGUAUAGAUGUUCACAUGUUGCUCA